AUGAAGCUCGUUAGAUUUUUGAUGAAAUUGAUUUAUGAAACUGUAACCAUUGAAUUAAAGAAUGGAACACAGGUCCAUGGAACAAUUACAGGUGUAGAUGUCAGUAUGAAUACACAUCUUAAAGCAGUGAAAAUGACCCUGAAGAACAAAGAACCUGUACAGCUGGAAACACUGAGUAUUCAAGGAAAUAACAUUCGGUAUUUUAUUCUGCCAGACAGCUUACCUCUGGAUACACUACUCGUGGAUGUGGAACCAAAGGUGAAGUCUAAGAAAAGGGAAGCUGUUGCAGGAAGAGGCUGAGGAAGAG